GACCCGAUCGAGUACGUAAGAAAAUUUUCAACAAAAGUGAACAACGUCGAGUCGUAGUGCACACGCGAGUUUACGUUGCAGUGAAAAUUCGCUCGGAAAACAAGUGAAAAUGUGCUGAAACUAGUCGAAAAGCAGUGUAAAUUGUUGCCGAAGCAUCACCCUUCAGCAAUUACGCAUUCGCCAAUUCAGUAUUUUUGGACUAUCAGCCAUACGCAAGUGCAAGUGGAAGAAACAUAAUUCUAAGUGAUAAGUAGUGCGCAGGGAGAGAAGAGUGUGGAAACCCGCCGGUAGGGGAAAUUCCCACACUUGGCUUGGCGGGGGAAUUUCCGAAUCGUUAGUGAAGAAUCCCACACAGAGCGAGUGAUAAUAGUGAAGAGUGGUGAGUGUGCAGUUCAGAAGAAAUAAUGGCGGCCACAAUGGAUCAGGCUGCUGUGCAGCGGCGAUCCCGGGAAAUCGAAACGGAGUACCUGUCCAGUUUGGCCGAUCUGAACGUCAACAGUAAACCGUUGAUCAACAUGCUGACCAUUCUGGCCGAGGAGAAUCUGGACUACGCCCCGAUCAUCGUGAACGCAGUGGAGAAGCAUCUGGCCAAGGUGCAGCCAGAUUUCAAGUUACCUAUCCUGUACCUGGUUGAUUCCAUUGUGAAGAACGUUGGCAAACAGUACCAACAGCUGUUCAGUCAGGUUAUUGUAAAUAUGUUCUGCGGUGUGUUCGAAACGGUAAAUGAAAAGGUCCGCGAAAAAAUGUUCAGCCUACGGCAGACAUGGAAUGAAGUAUUUCCACAGUCCAAGCUGUACGCUCUGGACAUCAAGAUCAAUUCGAUCGACCCCGGAUGGCCCAUCACCGCACAAUUGAAAACCCCAAAAUCUCCAGCCAUCCACGUCAAUCCUAUGUUCCUUAAGAAUCAGCAGAUUCCUGAUCCCAAUCUUGAUAUGCAACAGCAGCUUCGCGAUAAACAACGUGAACUGUUGGAGCUUCAGGCCAAAAAGCUUGAACUGGAACUCAUUGCUACAAAGAAGCGCAUUGAAGAGCAGGAAAAGCUGUUGGUUGCACAAACGGCAAGCGUCACGAAAGAGCCGGUUCCGGAUCUGAAACGCCCUUCUACCGUUAUCGGGUCGACUGCUGUUCCGCCUCCUCGGGGACGGAUAGUUCCACCGAAUGCAGCGAUGAUCAACCUUGCCAAAUCCCGUGAUCCUCGGUUGGCUCGUCAGCAGGCUCAACUAGCGGCGCAGAUGGUAGCGGCCAGUACCAAUUCUACACCUACCAUGGUUGGUGGUACCCAGAUUCCUCCCCAUAAUCCGAUCGUUUUCGAUCAGUCCGGUAAACCGGUCAGCAUUCGGGAGCGUUUGGGAAGGAUACCCAAGCGUACUGAUCCGCGCCUCAAAACUCUGGGAACCGAAGCAGAACGUCGGAAACCUUCUAGUACAACGACGAAUACCAGUGCUGCCAAUUCGUCAUCACCAUCACACAAAUCUCGGAGUGAGCAUGACGCUUCCAGAAAGCGCGACAGAAAAGACGAGUUAUCACCUAAAUCGGCCAAAAGCUCAUCUUCAAAAUCUUUGACUUCGGAUAAGAAGAAGCCGUCAUCCGAGGCGUCCUCCCCGAAAAGCAGCUCUCCGCUCAAGAAGAAGACUUCUUCCCUUUCGGAAAAGUCGCCUUCACGGAGUGAGAAAACUUCUCCAAAAUCGCGAGAAGGUAAAAUUAGUAAAGGUAGCAAAUCCUCUACCCGGCGUCCUGGAGACACUCCCGUCAAGAAUUCCGAGGACUCUUCCUCAGUUUCACCAUCGUCCAGCAGUGAGAAUUUGAUGCCCGUAGUCAACGAGUCCAAGGACGUAGAUCUUCGACUGUUGAUACCUGAGAAAAAGCUCAAAUUGGAUCAACAGCCGCCUUCGCAGCAACAACAUCCUCAGGCAAAAUUAGUUAGCAAACCACUACCAGAUCAAAAGAAAGCCCUGGGUGAAGCAGUUGACACAGACAGCGCACCUCCACCAUUGGCAGCCGGAUCCAGGGAUGUCGAUCUCCGUAUUCCACCUCCGGGUCUGAUGAAGGAUGUUUCCGACAGCAGCGCUGUGGUAGCGUCGUCGGUGGGAUUGCCCAUUGUGGCUCCUCCGGUCACCAGUGGUCAGUCUGGGUCGAGUACGGUGGCAGAUGCCGCGUCAGCAGCAGCCGCAGUAGUAACAACUGCCAUUGGCGCAGCUUCACCAACGGAGGCGGCCAUCAAGAAGCGACCAAGUAACAGCAAGUUGGAAGAACCGUCAAACAAGAAGUCCAGGUCGGAGAAAAUCGAUAUUUUGUUUGGCAGCGAAGAUGUUGAUCUCAGGAAACUAGCGGGACCGAUGAAUCCUAUCGAGCCGAUUACACCUCUACCGCCACCACCUCCAAUCAUUUCGGAAGUCACGCACCCAUUGAUGCAGGACACUCCUCAGGUUGAAUCUUUGGAGAUACAACACGGUGCUCCUACGUCUAAGUCAGCUCUGGAAGCGGUUCGGGCCAAGAUUGCCGAGGCCACGAAGAACAAAGAUCGCGAUAAGCUAGGUCGACCGUUGUUAUAUAACAAACUAUCAGAUGAUCCGGUUGAACGACGCCGUUCGUUGAAUCAGCCCAAACCGAUGGAUGUGGAUCUACGGCAACAGCAACAGCACUUCCUUCCGCCGGAUCCGAUUGGCGACGAAAACUCCCAGGAUGGUAUGAACGCCAACAUCAAAACUAUCAUCGCUCAAGCCCAAGAGACGAUGGAGAAGGGCGAACUCACCCCGGAGCAGUACAAUAUUUUGAUGAAGCAAGUGAUUCAGCUGAAUGAGACCCAAAAGAUUCGACAGGCUCAACGUAUGGAAAUGAUGAAGCGCAAUCAGCAGCCGAUGAUAGGGCCAAUGUUGCCAGUGGACGACAAUGCUAAUUCGCACAGCGGCGAAGAAAUGGCGAGUUUCAGUCCCAACAUCAAUGACGAUGCUGGGUUGAAGCCCAAUGUUCCGGCGGGCCCUGGGCCUAUAAUGAGUAACGAUUUCCGUGGAAAAAUAACUCCGAUGGAUUCGGGCUCAAAAUUGGAACCUCCGUUCGCCAAUGCUGGUCCGCCAGGCGACAUGAGACUAAGAGAUCCUCGUCGUCCGCAUGAUGCACGCUUCAAUCCUCAGUGGGGAGUCCGAGGACCUAUGCCUGGUCCAAAUGUGAUGCCAGGAGUAGUUGGUCCACCGAUGAUGAACCAAAGACUACCGGGACCUAUGAUGCACCCUUGGGAUCAGACGCCGUUCGGAAAGAUGAAUCAAAAUGUAGUUCCUCCACCACCUAUUGGACCACGUUUCCCACCGAUGCCCAUGAAUAAUGGACCCCCGGGCAAUAACAUGCUCGUCCCUGGAGUCCCCAAGCUGAAUGAUAGCGUUAGAACCAUCAAUAUCGACGGUAUUCAACGGGAAAUUCGAUUCUACGACGAUAUCGCUGUGAUCUUCAUGAGCUGGGACGAACCGAAAGAAAUCGGUUUCCAGAAAGGUUCCCGAAUGGUGGUUGUCGAUGACCGAGAUUCCUUCGAGCUUAGUUUUAACGAUUGUUACAAAGCCAUCACCAUUGAGAGCAAGGUUUACCAAAUGAAGCUGGGUGCUCCAACCAGGGAAUUGUACAUAGAUGACCGCUGGUAUGAAUGCUACUUCGGCGAUCCUCCGACAAACAUCGUACUGGAUGGAAUCAAUCGUGUCUUCAAAAUUAGUGGCCCGGCUCCACAGGUGAAAAUCGGUAACAGUCGGAAUGAUCUAGUCGCUGGAAAAAUCAACAUGAUUGUCAAUGCAGAAAUUAUCAUUCCGGUAUUCCUCGAUUCCCAAAUGCAAACCUUCGAAAUAUAUGGUCAAAUGCACAGGUUACAGUUUGCUGACUUUCUGCUGACGGUGAUAAUUGAUGACCAACCCUUCCUAGUGGAAUUUGGUGGUCUACCGAAGGUGUUCAAGCUCAGAGGGAAAGAUUUCUACAUUCGGUUCACCGCUGUUCCGAAAGUGGUAGUUCCUGGACGCGUUUAUAUCAGGGAUAUGAUUCGUACGCCACUUCACCGUGACCUGCGAACACCUCCUAGAGAUCAGAAUCUUCUGAUACCAUUCGUCCAGCCGAUGAACAGCAUGGUUCCGACAAUGGCUGCUCCUUCAGUGCCUUCGUUGUUCCCGGCAGGAGCUGCCAUGCAUCCGAAGACAUCAGCACCUGCACAUCCCACGGCCACCGGUUUGGAUUACCUGACCAAUCUAAUGCCGCAUUCCUCGCCGCACACAAACAUUUCAAACAACUUGGCGGGCUACCAAAUCCAAUCCGAAGAUAAACCAACCCCACCUAUAACAGUACCUGCUGCCGCGCCAGCGAAACCCGCCGCUUCCGGAGGGUUGAAUUUACCCAUUCUCCAGAAUCUCAAUAUCGAAGAACUUUACGCCAAGAUCGUUGCUGCCGGAAUUAUCGGAAAAACCUCCGCUACUCCUGCUUCUACGACCGCUCCGUCCACUUCUACCACCACUGCAUCCUCUACUGCCUCUAAAUUGGAUAAAGUCCUUGAAGAAGAAGUCGAGGAAAUCGACCCUGUGUUCCUGAACAAGCCAGAAACGCUAAAACGGCGUCAAUCAGCAAUUGUGGCGCAACUGUUCCUUGGCAUGCAAUGCAGCAGUUGUGGCGUUCGAUUCCCACCGGAACAAACCAUGAAGUACAGCCAACACUUGGACUGGCACUUCCGGCAAAACCGUCGCGACCGGGACUCGGCUCGUAAGGCUCACUCAAGAAAGUGGUACUACGACGUGUCCGAUUGGAUCCAGUAUGAGGAAAUCGAAGACCUGGAGGAACGCGAGAAGAAUUGGUUCGAAACGCAAAUGACCGAGCAGCUGGAGUUCAACGGGGACGGAGAGUCCGGGAGCGGUCGACCGGGCGCGGAAACUCCACCACCAAGCUGUCCGGCUGGAUCGGACGAAGCGAGCAAACGCUGCCACAUGUGCCAUGAUGAGUUCCAACAGUUCUAUAAUGAGGAAACGGAAGAGUGGCACCUGAAGAAUGCGAUACGCGUGGAGGAGUGCACGUACCAUCCGCUCUGCUACGAAGACUACAAAGCAUCACUAACGUUGGACGAAACGGCUUUGAACGCAACCAACGAGGAGGGAGAAGCAAACAAGACUGAUGAUGAAGUUAAGGUGAAACGAGAAGCGGUCAGCGAUAACGACGAUAGCGUGAAGGAAAUCACCAUCGAUGACGACGACGAUGUGAUUGUUCUGCCACCGUCGGAGGAGGUCGUAACGGAAAUUCCGGACGACGACGACAUCGAAACGGUAGAUUCGCAUUCGACGGCGGACGAAACGCGAGCCACAUCCGUAGCUACGGUGGGCACCGACGAAAACAGUAAACCGUCCAGCGAGGCAGCGGCGCAACCCGUUGCUGAGCCGCCCGCACCCCGCAUUAUCGAAACGCGAAUCGAUGACGAUAUCGCCAUUCAGGAGCCCUCGAUCGAGAGGAUCGACGUUAACGAUUUGGACGACAGUGAUGCGCAAGGGUGUUCUUCGGCUGCGCUAGCGGACGAAAGUUCGCAGAUGUCGGUAAAGGUCAAGGAAGAACCGAAAGACGACGACGAGGUGGACGAAGAGGACGAACUGUUCGAGGAUGUGGGAACGAUCGAGUCCUCGAUGGUGGAAAGCACAAAGGAAACAGACACGGUUGAUCUGGAAGCAGUAGACUCGCCGACGCCUCCACUGGAAAGCACCAGUCAGACCCAGUUGAAGCAUUCGAUCGAUGGCAACGUUGAGCUGCAAGACAACCUCACGACCGGAGUCAUCACCAACCGAAUCAAAAUCAAUAUCACAAAGGCAAAAACAACUACGGCGGCAGCGGCCAGCACCAGCACGAGUACAAUCGACACGACGACCAGCAGCGGUGGAUCGAGCAUUGCCGUACUGAUCAGCGGCGGAGGCGGAAGCGGAACAGCGGCCAACUACGAGCAUGACGACCUGCUGUACGGUAACCUCGAUGACAUCCACGGCGGCCACAACGACAGCAACAGCAGCAGUGUGAUGAUGAAGAUGCAUGAAGAUGAAGAAUUAGAACAAGAUGCUAACAAUAAAGGCCUGGUCAAGACGCCGACCAAUGAAGAAACGACUGAUAUUGAUUAUGACUUGAAGCCGAGUCUGCGGGGCAUUGUGUUCACCCGGCAGCCUCGCGUGGAGAACGGUUUUGAAACUUCCGGUCUCUGCUCCAUAAUGUAAAACGGUCAAAACUUUAGGACACGGUACUUGAACGAAAUUCGAAGCAAGUGUGGCGAUAACCAAAAUGUGAUAUUAGGUCAUUUGCCCUCUCUAGAACGGCAUGCCCAAGGCACCAAUCAGCGCGGGUUAAUGACUCAUUAUGUAUAGAAGAGAAACAAGCUAUUAGUCAUCUAAGUCAGUACACUAGGAUCGAAUUGAACUGUUUCUUUGUUUUAAGAAAGUUCACAGUACUAUCAUCAACAGAGAUACAAAUAGAAACAAAAUCACACUUUUUACCCUAACAUUAGAAAUUGCUGUGUAGUACCAUGGCUCUUCUAGGUUUAAGUCUUGUAGUUUUGAAGAAAUAUGAGCGAAAAUAAAUGGAAUCAUACCCUUCUCCCCAUCUAUCCCCAUAUCGGGCCCCGGAAGUCUCCCGCCAAAGCGACGGAAUCAAAACUAGACAAGAAACUUCUCCAACGAGAGGAUAGUGCAACCAAGGACUCUUGCGCGUAAUAAAACCAUGAAUUUCA